AAAUAAUUUUCCGUGAUUGAAGAAUUGCCAUUCGAGUUUUGAUGGAAAGAAGUGGUUAGAAAUGGUAAUGAUCGCGUUGUUUCAUGCCAAAAAAUUAGGAUUCAGGUUUCCAUAAAGAUGACGCAAGUCGAUAAUAUAAAAUUGAUUUACGAACCCUAACGAUUUGAGGCGAGACAGAUAGAGAGAGAUCAUGGGCCGCGGAGGAAGCGGGGGAACGAGGUCUGCCGGAAGGUCUUAUGGAGGUGGCUAUAAUUCGUAUGAAGGGGCUGCCGGAGGUUCAAGGUUGCGUAAGCGUUCUUCAGCUUCAUCAGUCUUCACAGCACCAUUCGAUGAGCAGUAUUGGAAAGAAGUGAAGUGGAUGUAUAAUUUGACCGACGAGUCGAGGUGCAGAUUGGGCUUAGAGCUUCUGGAUACGUGCGAAGAAAAUAGAGGACCUGGUGCCCCCGAAUGUGAAAAAUACCGGCAAGUGCUUGCGGACUGUUGUAGCGGUCGAAGGGCUGGGGCCCCUAGAUGUCCCAAAGCUUCAUCAACCGACAGAGCACUGGGGGAUGAUAAGACGUGGAUGUAUAAGUUGAGCGAUGGGAGUAGAUGCAGAUGGGGCUUAGAGCUUCUGAAUAUGUGCGAAAAUAUCAGGUCACCUGGUGCCUCAGAAUGCGAUAAAUAUAGGGAAGUGCUUGAUGGCUGUCUUAUGGCAGAAAGGCGUGAUAAGCGACAUUGAAGCCUCAUCAAUUUCAUCACUGUUUCGUAUAUUAUUUUGGAAUUCCUUGGUCUGGAGACUAGAUUGUCCUUGAAAAUUUACCUGCAGAGUACAUGCCACAGUUGCGUGCAAUAUAAAAGUAUCUCAAUUGAACCUUUUUCUUUGAGAAUGAGUGACAACUUGUAGUUUCUGUGGCUACAUUAUUGUAAUUUUGUUAGUGGUCCGGCAGACACACUGUUUUGGUUCUCUAUUUCUUGUCAGUCUUCUGCAAGUUUUAGAUGUAACUGGUGUCUAGUGCAUAAAGUUGACUUUCCUGGGUUCUAGGACCGGGUACAUUUGUACUAACCGAUUGGUAACCUGAAAUAGUGUUUAGUCUGAUGAUAGUUAUCAGUCACUUAAAAGAAGCAUAUUUAGAACUAUGGUAUGGUAACUUAUGUACUCUCAAUAGUGAUCUACUUGAUUGACAAAUGAUCUUUUUUGUGCCUUUCUUUAAAGA